CUGUUGGCGGAACGGGGCUUGGAGCUGGAAAAACUGGUCAUGGAUUUGGACCGCCAGAUUGUCAAGCAGCAGCGCGAAAAGGCCGAAAUGCUGGAAGCAGACCCAAACGCCGUCGGCGGAACGACCAGUUUAGUCCCAGGCACUAGUCCCUCGGGGCAGCUAAGCGUCCCGGAUCGACCGGGUCUGCGCAACUACGCGCCACAGGGUCUGGCUCCAACGCCGAUGUUUCGGACCGAUUUGGGCGGAGAGCAGAAUCUUCAAAAUCAAGCCGACAUCAUGGCAGUUGGAAAUGCCGCGGUCAAGCAUCAUGAUAUGAUGAAUCGGUAUUUGCAGGAAGCGCGGGAUGCUGCGCGGCCGGAAGCCUCACCGCGAAAUGCGAUGCAGGCUGGCGGUCCGAUUGGCGCCAGCUACCAGGCCGCGCUGGACGACGCGGGGCAGGCGCACCCCCCCGCGCGGCCCGCGAGCAUCGGGCUCAACGACCGUGGGGCGAACCCGUUUGCGUCGGCCGAGAUGUCCUCGCAAAGCGGGGACUUCCUUCCGCCCCUGAGCGUGGACUUGGACGGGCAGGUCGGAGGCGGUAUCGAGGAUUACAUGGCGUUGAUGGAGCAGAAAGUUGGACAGCGCGGAGGUUCUCCGAACAGCGGGCGUGACCCGGGCGCAGUGACGCUACCGAGCUGGAUCAAUAAGAGGCGCGACACUGUCGAAAGGGCUACUGCCAGACCGAAUGCGUCGGUGCAAGCGCUGCGCGACGGAAAGACGGACGCGACAUUUGAUAUGACCCCGAAGGGAGGGUCACUGGUGCACCCGCGUGGGAAUCCGGGGCAGGCGGUCCUAGAACUGCGGGACGGAAAGACGGACGCGACAUUCAACAUCACCCCGAAGGGCGGGUCGACGAUGCACCCACGCGGAAAUCCGAGCCAGGCAGUGCUGGAACUGCGAGACCGGAACUUGUUGCACCCGGAAGAGGGUGAUGUGAUCGAGGAUAAACAGGGCGGGCAGUGGCAGUUUAUCAAUGGGCGAUGGUGGAAUCCAGACGCUCCGAUUCCGGC